AUGUCCCCGCAAAGUCUUCGGCGGCCCUGGCCAAGAUAUGAGCUGAACGAGUUUGGGAGUUCUCGUCCACCGGCGGCAAAUGGUCUAGACGACGACGCACAACCUACUGCGACUGAGCUUGAACGCCUUGUCGACGAGGGAUUCCAUGGGAGUCGCAACAAAGAAGAGCGUCCUGGCAUAACCGAUAUCUACAUUGUCUACCCCGACCAUUUCGACCCCCAGUCUCCUGGGAUAUGCAAACCUGGCUUCAGACUUCCAUUCAUCUGCUGGUUCCUCGGCGAGGGAGUGGCAGACGACCAAGCGCAGAUGCGUGCCUUGGACCUCGUGCACAGGUCAGUCUUCCAUGAGCGAUCGGAUUUCCUUGCUUCGUCCACGCCCUGGCCGUACUACCGCGGUACGUGCCGCAAGCAGGGCCUGUUAUUCCGCGUAGGUAGCCUCGACCUGUACGGCCGCAGGAGGCUCGAGUGCAUCGCUGAGCGGCUCCGGCCUAAGCCCGAGUACAUCUGCCCCGACGCUACGAUCUACCUUGAGUGGAUCCGGGAUACACUCUGGAAGGCUGAGAGGGAGAGGCUCUUUGAUUCUAUGGGAGUGGAGAGAGCUCGUGGGCUCGCCCAGCAGGCGGCAAAUAAGCCGGCAGGGAGGCUGGUGAAGAAGUAUCGCGAGGAACAGAGGCUGAGUGACCAAGAGUGA